UAACGUCAGUGCGCAUGCGCAGAUCACACGUCGCUUGUGUUGUUAUCGUGAGUAAAGUGGGAGCUCGUCUUGGUGAGUUGGACUUACUUUGUGCUGGACACAAAUAUGACAAGACCGGACGAGUCGCCUGAACGCACAGCAGAACGGAGCAAGACGGAAAGGCGGAUUAGAAAGAGUUUAAAUCCCUCGACGUCGGAGCUGUUAACGCAAAACUCUCCGCUCUCUUUGUGUGAAGCUAUUUAACCGAGUGUGUGCUGUCUGUCUGUCUGUCUGUCAGUCAAUCAACUCACACCAGCUGAGAACAAGCGGAUUGUUUAUCUGACCAAGCGCGAGACCGUGUGUGUCGGUGCGCGCGUGAUCAAGACAUGAGUGUCCCUUUGUGGGAUCAGCUCCAGGCUGGGAGCUCAGAGGUGGACUGGUGUGAAGGGAAUUAUCUCAUCUAUCCAGGAAUAGCGGAGUUUUAUAACACGAUAAGCAACUUCUUAUUCUUCGUUCUCCCCCCUAUUCUGAUGUGUCUUUUUCGUCAGUAUGCCACGCAUUUCAACAGCGGCAUCUAUCUGAUCUGGACACUCCUAGUAGUGGUCGGAAUUGGCUCCACAUAUUUCCAUGCUACCCUGAGUUUCCUAGGACAGAUGCUGGAUGAAUUAGCAAUCCUCUGGGUUCUUAUGUGUGCCAUUGGCAUGUGGUUCCCCAAGAGAUACCUGCCUAGGAUUUUCAAAAGAGACAGAUCAAGGUUUAAAAUGGUUGUAGGCAUACUCUCUGGCAUCACCACGUGUCUGGCCUUCAUUAAGCCGUCCAUUAACUCGAUUUCGUUAAUGACACUGGGGGUUCCGUGCACUGCUCUUCUCAUCACAGAACUUAAGAGGUGUGAGAACCUCCGUGUGUUUAAGCUGGGCCUCCUCGCUGGACUGUGGUGGACUCUAGCACUCAUGUGCUGGAUCAGUGACCGUAUCUUCUGCGAGAUGUGGUCAUCUGUAAACUUCCCAUACCUCCACUGUGCCUGGCACAUUCUGAUCUGUCUGGCCUCCUACCUUGGCUGUGUGUGCUUCGCUUAUUUCGAUGCAGCCUCUGAAGCUCCAGAGCAAGGCCCUGUGGUUAAAUUCUGGCCCAGUGAGAAGUGGGCCUUCAUUGGAGUGCCCUAUGUAACCUUGCUUUGUGUUCACCACAAGCAAUCCAUCAAGGUGACGUGAUCAGCCAGCGCUGCUUAGAUUAUCCGACAUCAAUGCACUUUUAUCGGCUGAGCAUUCUUCAGUCUGAGGAUUCAGUGGCUCGAAGAACUGUUUUGUUCCUAUUAAUUUAUAUACUUCACAUUAUAUAUUUAUAUUCACAUUUAUUGUUUAUAUACAAAAAUAAAAAAAAAAGAAACUUUUUGUGAAUACUGUAGGGACCCGAGCACAAACGAACACAGCUAAACAUAGACAUUUCUUUUGGUGUGCAGGGGAAAUGUGUUCUUAUCCCCUAAAAGGUUUUUCAGCAAUACAAAUAAUUCAUCCUUCAGCGCACACUGGAUUUGAGCAUGCAUAUUAACCAGAGCAAAUACUUUCUAAUAGUGUGAUUAAUUACUUCAAGUAGAAUUAUUUUCAUUAUUUGAAUGUGAAAAUGGAAGUGAUAAAUAUUAAUGGUGAGCUAAAAUCAAGCCAUAAUUCAUCAGUAUUCAACCUGUAUGAAUUAUUUUCCUUCAGCAUAAAGUCAUUUAGGUAGGAACAUGAACUUACUGGUCUAAUCUUUAGUCAUAUCUAACUGUGUGAAUCCAUUGUAUGUCUGUGUGAAGGAUAACAAUGAAUGCAUUAAUACUUUAGCCUGAAGGCAGUUUAACACAAAUCGAAGAAUGUGAGCCAUGUUGUGCUGAUGUAUUGCACAAUGUACAGGGAAAAAUAUUGCAUGAAACUGCAUUGUAAUAGAGUUUUCUAGCAAAAUAGGAUGAUAUUAUUAGUGCUUAUGUUAUUUCUGCUUUAUGUGUAUACAUGUUUCCUGAGGGAAUGUGUUUGGGUAAACAAAUACAUGCUUUGUUGUAUGGAUGCAGGAAAAGUCUAUUUGCAGGUACACCAUUCAGCCAUAACAUUAAAACCACCUGCCUAAUAUUGUGUAGAUCCCUCUUGUGCCACUAAAACAGCUCUGACCCAUCUAGGCCUGGACUUCACAAGACCACUGAAGGUGUGCUGUGGUAUCUGGCACCAAGAUUUCUUUUGGUAGGACACUUUUGGUAUGUACUAACCACUGCAUUUCAGGAACACCCCACAAGACCUGUUGUUUUAGAGAUGCUCUGAUGCAGUCAUCUAGCCAUAAUAUAUUUGACCCUUACGCUUGCUUAUUUUUCCUGUUUCCAAAACAUCAACAUUGAGAACUGACUGAUCACUUGCUGUGUAAUGAAUCCCACCUCUUGUCACCUGUCAGUGGUUUUAAUGUUAAGGCUGAUUGGCGUGUUAUAUUCCAUUUAAUAUUAGAGAAUGACAUUCAUGCUCUUGGAAGUCAUUGUGCAUGACAUGAUCACAUCCUCAACACAUUCACUAUGAGCCAGGCUUGUAAUAUAUUGCUAUGAUAUUUAAGUGCCACAGCAACAGCAUCAUCAUUUGGAGGCCAAAUUGCCUCAUUUAGAUUGAUGUAUUGAUCUGAAACGGUCUCUCUUGUGAGCGAAAAAAAGACAACUGCACAUAUAGGACACCGCACAAAACCCAGUGAACUUUUGUCCUCUACUCAAAGGAGACAUAAGGACUUAUACGGACUGUUUUUGCUUUUUGUAAUAAAUUAAUGAUUUUGUAGUAUUGCUGUUAAACGAUUGUAAUUUGUAUAAAAAUGUUGUUGCCAUUUGUUUUAUUUAUGUAAUUAAAAUUGUUCAGUAUUA